CGGACCAUCAUCGGGCCAAUUCGUUUGAGACUACUGUCACCAGUGCCCCCAUUACUGCUGACGACACUACUGUCACCAAUGAAGUGUACCAGACACUUUUUCCUGAAUCUGUGAGCCAGUUGGAGGAUGUGGAGCUGACACUUGGCUGGUAUCAGCAAAAUGGGGCAAUGUGUCACACAUCUAUAGCGAGUAUGACUGCUGUAGAGUCUUUUUUCAAGAUUGACCCACCUUGGUCUAUAUGGCGUCGCUUUAAAGAUUCUAAUUUUUUAGAUGAUAUCAACAACAUGCGAAUCUUUUAUGUUCUCAGUCCCGGUGAGAAUGCCACCAGUGAUAUUAUGCAUUUCAAGGUGGUCGAUAAAGGUCGGAAUGAACUUACAGAUCAAAGUUUCCGAUUCAACUGGGCUUGGAUCAGUUUCGAAAAAGCCAAAUAUACGAUAAAAGAAACAGAAGAUUUUCUUCACAUUACUUUAUUACGGAGAGGAUACCUUGGAGAAACAUCUUUUGUUGGUCUAAAUUUGAAGAAUGUGACUGCGAAAGAAGGCUUAGAUUUUGGAGGUCUGUAUGCUCACCAGGUUCAGUUUAAUCCAGGUCAGUCCGAAGCACUGUGGAAACUAAAGAUUUUCGAUGAUAGUUCGUUUGAAAAAGAGGAACUUUUCCAAAUUGAAUUAGAGGAGCCCGUGUUAGCUGCUUUAGAAAAUCCAAAGGUUGCGGAUGUUGUAAUAUUGGAUGAAGAAGAUGAAUCAGUAGUAUUCAUACCUGAAGAACUUUAUGAAGUCGAUGAAAAUGUGAGAAGACUGGAAAUACCACUUAAAAGAAUAGGAGAUGUAUCAAAUGAAAUGAUGGUCAUUUGUUCCACAGAAGGAGGGUCGGCUCAAGGCACAUCUUCAACCCCUCUUCUCUCUUACAUGGAUUACAUUAGCAGACCCAGUGACCAUCGCGGCAUUAUCCACUUCCUCAGUGGCGAAGAUCUUCACUUCUGCAGAGUGACAAUUAUAGAUGAUUCACUUUACGAAGACGAAGAAACUUUUAAAAUCAAACUCACGACACCACUAGGAGGCAGACUUGGCGUGCACAAUGAAACAACAAUUAAAAUAUUACCAGACUUAAAAGAUGUGCCUUCGAUUUAUUUUGGUGAGGCUGAGCUGUUCGUAGACGAAAGCGAUGGAUAUGUCGAAGUACUUGUUUGGCGCACUGGCACUGAUUUGAGCCGUCCAGCUAAAGUCACUGUCCAAUCAAAGCCUUCAGAUCCAGUUUCUGCUGAAUCUGGCCUGGAUUACAUAGGAAUUGGGAGAACGUUAGAUUUUGCUCCUGGUGUGACAAUGCAAACAUUCCGAGUCACCAUUCUGGAUGAUUUAGGACAACCUCUUCUGGAAGGUCCUGAAACUUUUGAGCUCGUACUGCGUAUGCCAGUGAAUGCAGUGUUGGGAACACCAGACAAAGUUACUGUCGUCAUAAAUGAUUCAACUUCAGAUUUGCCUAAAUUUCAGUUCAAGGAUGCUGCUUACAUCGUGUUUGAAAACGAUAGUAGGCUGAAUACCGUGAUCACACGAUCUGGUGACUUAAAACAUUCUGCAGCUGUCCGUUGUUAUACCCGCCAAAAAUCUGCAAAAGUUGAAGACGAUUUUCAGGAGCGACCAGACACGGACGAAAGUCUGAUAGUUUUCCAGCCGGACGAAAUGGAAAAACUGUGCUCCGUAACUCUGGUAGACGAUUCCAUCUACGAAGGAGAUGAGGAAUUUCGAUUGGUUCUUGGAUCUCCAAUCAGCGAUUCUGCAGGAGGAGCCAUUUUGGGAUAUAGAAAUACAACUAUUGUCACUAUAAAGGAUGACAAUGACAAGCCAAUCAUCAAACUCGAGAAAAACCGUUAUACAGUAAAGGAGCCGGAAAAAGCUGGAGAAUCUUCUAUCCUAAAAAUUCCAGUCGUUAGAUCAGGAGAUCUCUCUAAGCUGUCACUCAUCAGAAUUCACACAAAGGACGGAUCAGCAAAGUCUGGUGUCGACUAUGUUCCUUAUUCGAAAGAGCUGCAGUUCCAACCAAACGUCAGUCGACUGGAGGUAGAGGUCGAGAUUCUGUAUGAUGGCGAGAAAGAGCACAGGGAGGCUUUUACUCUGCAUCUGAAGCCAGACAGAAAGCUAGUGGCGGAAAUUAAAGAACCGAAGGCUAUCGUUUACAUACAAGAAAUGGAUAUCGUUGCUGACGUAACAUUCCCAACAAGACCUAUGAUCGUAUCAUUACGUGACUAUGAUGACGCCGGUAAAGCCAGUAAAGAACCAGUUUCCGGGUAUCCAGUUGUUUGUAUAACGCCUUGUAAUCCGAAGUACUCGGAUUUCUCUCGAACGGGAAACAUCUGCUCCAGAGAAGGUAUCAAUGAUACUUUAACACAAUACCGAUGGAGGGUUUCCGCUCCCAGUGGUCAAGACGGAGUCACUAGCGAGCUGAGAGAUGUGGAAUCAGCAACUUUUUUUUCGGGAACCCAUCAUAUUACAUUGGACAGUAUUUAUUUUACUUCAGGAAGUCGCGUACAAUGUGCUGCAAGAGCAGUUAGCAAAGAUGGCGAUGCUGGUUUGGAACUGAGCAGCGUUCCUGUCAUUAUAUCGAAGGAUGAAGGUCUUUGUGCUCCGAAAUUUGAAGGUUCGGUCGGAGCGGAACCAUUUACUGCUAAAAUGCGUUAUACAGGUCCAUCUGAUCCAGAAAAUCCCAACCUUAUCAAGCUGACUAUCACCAUUCCACAUUGGGAUGGCAUGUUGCCGGUGAUCUCGACAAGGAAGCUGACCAACUUCGAAUUGACUCUUAGCCCGGACGGACUGCGAGUAGGAACCCAUAAAUGCUCAAAUCUUUUGGAUUAUUAUGAGCUGGAGACUAAGCAUGGUUUCUUAACUAACGCCACCAAGAAUCCCAACGUGGUUGGAGAAGUGGAGCCAUACCAGCACAGUGCUCAAAUGAGGAGUGAACCUACUUUGAGGUUUUAUCGCAAUCUUGAUUUGGAAGCAUGCAUGUGGGAAUUUAGCUCUUAUUAUGAUAUGUCCGAACUGGUGAACGAAUGUGGAGGAACUAUUGCUACGGAUGGUCAAGUGUUAAAUCUUGUACAGUCAUACGUAUCUGUCCGUGUACCGCUGUAUGUAUCGUACAUAUUUCACUCCCCUGUCGCCACAGGAGGCUGGCAGCACAACGAUCUGAGUUCUCAAUUGAGACUGACUUUUGUGUACGAUACUGCCAUCCUUUGGCAACAUGGCAUUGGAGCACCAGAAGAAUCUCAUCUCCAGGGCUACCUCUAUCUAACAAGAAUGACUAUAGGGCAGGAUGGGAAACUGCUGGUGAAUUUUAGAACAGAGCCCAGGUUUAGAGGCCAGUUUGUUCUUAGCCAUCCUGAUUCCGGGUUUACCUCAAUGGUUCUAGCACCUGAUCAUCUGGACUUGACGUUCACAUUGGAGCUUGUACGUACAGAACCCACAUUUGCUCAACCAGAACAAGAGUGGCAGUUUGUCUCUGAUUAUGCAGUUAGAGAUUAUUCCGGUUUAUAUCACGUGAAAUUAAUCCCUUGCACAGUGACAGAGGACGUUGAGUACUCGAACCCUCCUCAAUGUAACCCUCGAGAUCCUGUAAGUUUCGACUUGCACGUGAGAUUCCAACAAGUAAGUGACCCUGUGCCAGCUGAGUAUAGCCUCAACACUCAACUUCAUCUGAUGCGCAAGAGGGAUCUAUGGCUCUCCAAUGGCAGUAUGGGCUUUGGAGAAGAUAGUGACGCAUCUUUUGUGCCAGGGGAUACAGUCUACGGUCGUCUAAUGAUGGAUCCAACUCAAAAUCUGGGAGAAUCAUUUUUUGUGAAUGUCGAAAAAUGCUUCUUGUGUACUGGAGUCGACGGAUACGUGCCUAAAUAUAAACCACAAAAUAAUGAAUACGGCUGUGUUGCUGAUUCCGAAAAUUUAUUACAUUCCUUCAAAAUUAUUGACAAAGGAGCCCCACGAUCGGUAACCAAAGAAUUUCGCAAUGUUCCAUUCAAUGCAGUUUUGGCAUCUGACGAUCCCAACAAGGAAGUUCAGGCUUUGAGAAAACAAGCUGCUGCUGAUGGCUUCUAUUUUGAUUCUGCUCCAUUAUUUCAGGUAUCUUAUGGUCGACAGUGGUUCGUACAUUGCAUAUACACUGUCCGCUCUAAGGAAAAUGCAGCAAGAGGUAUUGGAAAACGCAGCAUCCAGAGUCAAGUCAUCUUCAGAACACGGCGUGCAUCCUUUGAUGUCAAUGAUGAUGUCGAGAUAGGCUUUAACGGUCGUGGUACUAAUAUGAACAGAAUAGUUUUGGAUUAUUCAAGGAAGAAACGAGAUCAAGGCACAGCCCAAAGUCCCGAACAAAAGAGGCCAGCUACGUCCAGAAGCGAUUCGAUUGCUCUUAUGGUAGUGCUUGGUGUUAUCGGGUCGUUGCUGAUUAUUGCAAUCACGGUAUUACUGUUAUCGAAGAGACAGAGACGGUCGGAAUCUCAACCACCAUCGCAUGCACCGACUGUUAUUAGUACAUCCAAAGGACAGAGCAGGAUUGUGAGUGUGAGACAUUUUAAUAUAUCAGAUGACCACACGGAAGUAUAACCUGCGUGGUAUUUCAAAUUAGGAUCUUCACAUUUCAAUUAGUUCACAUCUUGAUCUCGAAUGUCCAUAUCUUGUCGAUAACUUGAUCUCGAGUGUUUUCGUUGAGACAUUAUUUAAAAAAUACAGUAUUGAAAUUUUGCGAACACCAAUCAAAAUUAAUAUCUUAUUUAAUAUAAAUUAAAGAAUUCGUUGCGGUUAGGAUACAAAAAAUAAUAGCUAAGAAAGAAAAGUUGAGCAUAUUUUCUGACUAAAAACACAACGAGGAGUUGUAUUUAUAUUUUAAAUUCCUUUAAGUGAUUUCGUGUAUUGUUUUAUCAAAUAAGUAUUUCAUUAACACAUAGUUGCUCGUUUACUGUUGGAGAAAAUGUUUACGGACGUUAUGCGAAGCAAUCGAAAGCAUACAAAGAAAAGACUGGUUUGCAAAUCAAGUUAAAAAAAUAUAAUUGCCAGUCGUCAUGUCCUUUUUUAAUUAUAACCAUCUUUCAAUUUUCAUGGGUGAUAAUAAAAUUAAUUUAAUUUCCUUUUGAAAAAAUUAGACAAGUUAUUUCUUUUCAAGCUUCGUUUUAGUAACACUUUACAAAUCGUUGUAAAAAAGACCUAAAGUAACAAAUGAGUUUUUUUUUAAAUGAUCUAAAAAUGUAUUUUAUUUUCUUUCUUUUUAUAAUGUAAUAAAUUAAGAUUAAUUUUUUUAAAUGGAUUAUUAGAGAUUCAAAAUUUAAAACAUUGUAAGAUAAAUUACGAACAGCCAUUUGAAUUUUAUGUAAAAAUAUCGGAAAUCUAUUUCUUACUACUAAAACACCAUUCUAUUAAAUGAGCUCUUAUUUGUAUUUGCUUUUCACUGCUUUGGAAAACUUAGGAAAAGCAAGUAAUGUUCAUAUUAACCGAAUGAAAACUUUUAAAAUGAGAGUAAAUGGGAAUUAUUUUCAUUUACGUUUCAUACUUGCUUUGAGGUUUUUUAACGCUAAUUUUGCACAACUUAUACGAUUCUUCUUUUCGAUCUCUUUUUAAUAGCAUUUCGAGAAGAUAUUGUGUUUGUGUAUAAAAACUACAUUCUUUAAUAAUUCGUUCGUAAUGUUCAUGGAUAUACUUUUCAUAAUCAUAUUUGUAAUUUCCGGAAAUUUAAACUACAACCCAAUUUAUCUUGAAAAACAAACUUAGUCCUCUAAUGUAUUUCUUGAUAAUUUUUUUGUAUCAGUGUUAUAUGAAAUGGAACUGUUAAAAAAUUUAAACCCUUGUGUUUUAUAAAUUAGCUAUUAAUAACUAUGAUACAGCUCAAUGAAUGGUAAAUCAAUCAUAUGGUAAUAAAGGCUACAUGGUUUGCGAAUGAGUCACCAUGUUAAUUACUAGUAAUUUUAAAUUGGAAAGUUUAGAUUAAAAUCACACAGAAAACUCUAAAUUUUUCACCUUAUUUUCUUGAAUUAUUGCAUUUUGUAUGUAUAAAAUGGAAGCAUUCAUAUGUUAUUUAUAAAGUAUGAUUUUCUAUAAAAAUAAUGCACAAUGCAUUUGUGUUGACAACUCGGUGCUCAUUGUAGGAAACUUUAAUGUGUGCCUUUUAAGUGCUGUUUUAGUUAAAUUUUAAAUGUUAUUGUUCCUUGUUUUGUACCUCCAUGUGCAUCUGUAUAUCAGAUUAAAUAAAUCUUGUUUCCUUGUUGUGUA